UCCUGUCGGGCGGGUUGUAAGUGUACGUGUUUCCCGCAGACUUUCCCGGCUUUCUGCCCGUAUAACUCGGCUCCACGGCGUCUAGCGGUGAACAACAGAAAUACAAGAAGUCUUCUGCCGGUUUCACCAUGUUGUCAUGGAAACCUGAUGUGACAAAGACGUCGCCAUGGUAACUGUGUAGCCGCCGGUCUGGUGCCUCGGACGACAGUUCCCCCCGCCCCCCCGCCGUGUGUGGACCGCCCCCCGCCGUGUGUGGACCGCCCCAAACUCGCGCCCGCCGGUCGUCAUGAAUGUACUGUACGUGGUGGGCGUGUCGGAUAGCUGCGUCUCCAUGUUGUCCCUUGUGCUGUUCAUAGGUGCCUUCACGGUGAUGAUGGUCCUGUUCCAUCACUACAAACCCAAGACGGAGAAAGAGCUGGAGGAGGAGAAGAGGAGGGCGAAAGGUCGGCAGGACAGCCUGUGCACCGCGUUCGAGCUUCUCCGCGCGGACAUGUCGCACUUCGACGCCAUUGAGGACAAGUUCAGCAACUACGAGCAGGUCACGAAGGCCAUGAAGGCGGCCGGGCUCGUCUGCUGUAACCUGAUCAUCGGCGUGGAUUUCACCGCGAGUAACGAGUGGCAGGGUCGGAGGACGUUCGGGGGGAAGUGCUUACAUGCCCUGUCGGGGAAGAAAAUCUACAACCCUUACCAGAAAGUCAUCUCCACUAUCGGGCAGACCCUGCAGCCGCUUGACGAGGACAACCUGAUUCCGGUCUUCGGGUUCGGGGAUUCUCGUACGAAGGAUAAGGAGGUGUUCCCCUUCAGGCCGGACGGUUCGCCCUGCCAGGGACACGACCAGGUGCUGAUUCACUACGGCGCGAUCGUGAAGGAAGUCGCGCUCAGCGGGCCGACGAGCUUCGCGCCCCUGAUCCACAAGGCCAUCGACAUCGUCCAGCAGCAGAAGGGCUACCACAUCCUGCUGAUCAUCGCCGACGGGCAGGUCAAGGACGAGGGACCCACGAGGGACGCCAUCGUCGAGGCUUCGAACUUUGCCCUCAGCAUCAUCAUGGUGGGGGUCGGGGACGGCCCUUGGGGGGUGAUGAAGGAGUUCGACGACCGGCUGCCGGAGAGGAAGUUCGACAACUUCCAGUUCGUGGACUACCACACGGCGGUGAAGAGGACUCGGUACCCGAGCGCAGCCUUCGCGCUGCACUGCCUGAUGGAGGUUCCGGACCAGUACAAGGCCAUCUCCAGGCUGGGGUACCUCGACUGCAAACAUGUGGACGCCGGCUGACUGCUGCGGCCACCAGAGGAUUACAAACUUAACCUUCAGCCUGCAAGGAAGAUUGUUUGGAACCAAAUUUGUAUUGAAGACUGGGUUAGGACACACCCAGUGUGUCUUUACGGUAUCUUUUGGCACCCGAUAUCAGCCAUGCUGCCUGGGUGGCCAAUGUAUUGCCUCGUUGCAAUAUUGAAUUUUAAAAAAUAGGCCACACCGAGUUAUUUUCUUGCAAGGAUCUGUUUGUUAUCUGUACUAAAGAUAGCAACGUCACAGCAGUUUUGGUUGGAGGAUUCUCUCCACAGUUAGCAAUAUAACUGGAAAACAAACCUUAGGGUUCUCUUAAUUUUUUAACAGUUCCAUGGCUGUUACAAGUCAAAGCAUAAGAGAGGGAGAGAAAGAUAUUCAAUAAGACUGAUAAACUUAGAAAUUAUAAACUAAUGGAUUUCCUCUAGAUAUUUGACAAUCUAAAAAGUACAUUGUUUAUGUAAGGAAGGUUUUUUAAAAAUCUGAAUAUCUUGAAAUAGAUAUUCAGAAGCAGAUGACAAUGUAAGCCUAGGCCACACCAAAUUAUUUUCUUCGUUCCUGGAUGCUUUUUUUUUAAGCUUGAUUUUUCAGUAUGGCAAAAUCAACCAAGAAGUUAAUUAGCUGGACUACAAACAGUCAGGCAAGUCACAGCACAAGCUGUGAUGACACUAACAUUUUCUGUUGGUUCUCUGAAUUUUUGAAAGAACAAUUUGGUCAUGAUAGAAACACUGAGGGCUAGGAGGAAAACUACAGUCUCAGACUAUCUUCACUCCCUGAAACUGUUAAGGCAAGGUACAGACUUUCCCCUCAUAUUGUAUUCUGUUUUGGAUUCGUCUAUAUUACAUUUUUUAAACUAAGAAAAUCAUCAGAAAUCAAUGAAAUUGGUGUGGUCUCAGUUUCUUUAAUUUUUUUAAGUGUUAUAAGGAUUGUUACAUGCUGAUAACAUAUUUAAGAGUAUUUUGUAUCGUUAUAUGGUAUUUUCUUAGAUUCUGACAAUCAAAAAGCAAUAUUUGUUCAAAUUCUGGAAUAUAAGAUUUAAAUAUAUUAUCAAGGCGUAAAAUGUUAAGACUUAAGGAAUAUUGUACAGUGGUACUGUGGUAUCAGGUGAUUUGGAGGAACGUUUUGUACUACUUGUUAAUAUUUUGCUCAAAUUUCAUUGACUGAAAUUUAAGCAAAAAAGUACCAAUUUGAGCAUGAUUGAUUACAUGUAACGUUACAUUCAAUGACACAGGACUCUACUGGUGAAUAUUGUAUCACAUAAACUUUGAGGCUGCAAGAACAAUAUGCCAAUUACUUUGUAUGACAAUCAUUAACCUCUACAGUAGAGUUAGUAUGCUGAACCCUGAGUAUGGAUCAUGUUGUACAACUUACAACACUUUUGUUGACUUCAAUGAAAGAGCCAGAAAAAGAGGACAAUGCAGUUCACAGUUCACAAGAUAACUGACAUUUACCAGCAGAGGUUUCAGUAACUACCAGUGUGUUUGAAGAAAAAGAUGACUGCCUUAUUUAUUAGUUGUUGCUGCUAUAUCAUCAACAUCAUAUAUUUCUGAUACAUGCACAUUUUACCAGCUGCACAGAGGGGGCUGGUAGGAACAACUGUGGCCAAACUCUUUUUCCAAACCUCUAAAUUUGCGCCAAAACUUUCCACGAUGUUCAGAGUCAUCUAAACUGCUGCUGUCAUAGAAACUUCAUUUUCAAAAAAUUUAAUGCAUUUCAUCCCACCAUAUGAAAACCCACUGGGAAAGGAUGCUGCUAUUUGUGUAUUCUUUAUUUCCUUCAAUUAAGAUUAUGGCUCACGAGCAGGAGAUAUUCUGUCAUACUUUAUGUAAACCCUGCACUUUAUACUGCCUAAGAUUUGAUGGUAAAAAUUAAGAGGGUUUUUAUGAAGGUGUACUGUUUACCUCAGUAUUUUAUUGCCUUAGAUUUGUGUUGUAUUUUUUGCUUGUAAGAUAUUUUUUAGAAAAAUGAUGCUGUGUUUAGUGCAGAAGUAACGUUAAUAUAUGAAAAUUUAUUGAGCUUUAUUCUAUGCAAAGGUGUUUUUACCAUCUAUGCACAAACUAUUUAUGUGCGAUUUUCCUGUUGGAAUGUUAACUUUUGAUGUGCUGUUGGA